CGGGCCCACAAGCAGCGCUGCGGUACUGUAUAUAUACUGAUGGAGGACACAGCGUAGUUUAGCUGAGUGCGAAUAGAAGAAGAUGCUUUUGCAAUUGUUAUUGUUGGCGGUGAGCUGUCGGGCCGAGGUGGGACCCAUCGUCGAAACCUCCCAGGGGAAGGUUCAAGGGUUCAUCAAUGUCUCCAGGGGUGGCAAGAACUACAAGGUCUUCGCUGGCAUCCCCUACGCGAAACCUCCGGUCGGGGAGCUACGGUUCAAGGCUCCAGAAGCGGCAGAAGGGUGGACUGAUGUUAGACAGGCGAAAGAGCACGGCCCGCUCUGCCCCCAGAUCAACAUCUACUUCGGUGGCAGUCCAGCAGGAGUGGAGGACUGUCUGUACCUCAGCGUCUUUACUCCGGAGAAAGAGGGCAAAUACCCAGUGGCAGUCCAUCUCCACGGCGGCGGUUGGAUCCUGGGUGAAGGACCUAGAUCGAAAGGACCUCAAUACCUGAUGGAUGAGGACAUUGUCGUCGUCGACUUCAAUUGGAGAAUAGGAAUUCUUGGUUUCCUCAGCUUCGAGGAUGACGUGGUUCCAGGCAAUAUGGGUCUCAAGGACAUGGUGAUGGGGCUCAAAUGGGUGAAGCAGAACAUCGCCAAAUUCGGUGGUGAUCCGGACCGAGUAACACUGUUAGGCGAAUGCGCCGGAGCUGAUGCAGUCUAUCACUUGAUGGUGUCCCCGAUGAGCAAAGGCCUGUUCAGCGGAGGUAUCGCUGAGAGCGGCUCCAGCUACACGACACAAGCAGUCUCGCCUCCAGGAUUAGCUAGGCAGAGAGCAGAAGAGCUUGCAAAGCUGUUCGGCUGCAAGGGAUCCACCAGCGAGGAGAUGGUCAACUGUUUACGAGGAAAGGACGCUCUCGAACUGGCAGGAGCCUUGCCCAAGUUUAUGAAAUGGCAGAUCGACCCAGUGCUCUCGUUCAGUCCAGUGCUGGAGAUGCACUCCAAAGAACCAGCCCUCACCGCCCCAAUGUCCACCUGGAAGACGGCCCCGGUACCUCUACUCACAGGAAUCACGUCUGGAGAAGGGCUUCUCAGAACAAUGUUUUUCACCAAGAAUUUCGACGUUUCUGAAUUAGAAUCCGACUUCAACAACAAAAUUUCAAAAACGCUGAUGCUGGGGGAAUUUUCUUCCGAUGGUGACAAACUAAUGGCUAAAAUAAGGGAUUACUACUUUCCUGGAAAGACCAUAUCCACCAUUGACAACUUCAAGAACCUAACUGAUAUGAUCGGGGACAGCUGGUUCUCCUUCGGAGUCCUGGAAGGCGCCAGGCUCCACACAGCUCCUGUCUACAUGUACUACUUCGACUAUAUCGGCGAGCAUACGAUGUCAGAAUUCUUCGGUGACAAGAGUCGAGCCACAGGAGCAUUCCACACCGACGAACAGAUGUACAUCUGGGAGAUGCAUGGACUGCCUCCACAUACAGGCAAAGAUCUCGAUAUGUCCAAAAACCUUAUCAAGAUAUGGACUAAAUUCAUCAAGGACGGAUCGCCAACUGUUGCCGAGGUGACUAAAACGGAAUGGAAACCUUACCUCCCCGGUGAGAACUACAUGGAAAUAACUAAAAACGGAUUUGAGCUGAAGCAAGGUCUUAUCACUGACAGAUAUAAUUUCUGGAAGUCACUCAACUCCCGUGACAAACUCAUGUAAUAUAUAACACAAUAAACUUAUAUUCUUAUAAUGUUGACAUUAUUUGUAGCUUCCUAACUAUCCAAGUAUCGUAUAUAAAUAGUGAUUAAUAUUACUGGAUAACUAUUAAAUAAAAUUUUAUUAUAUACAAUUUUAUUUUAUUGAGCUAUAAUUCCAG